AUUUAUAUUUUAAUAAAAUUUUACCAAAGACUAUUAAUUUUUAUUAUCUCUUGUAACAAAACGAGAUCUUAUAGGCAUAAUCGUAGCUUCCUUUAUUUAUUUAUUUAUUUUUUAUUUUAUUGUGGCACAAAGGCAACAAACGACGACGGUAGCGUUGUUUGUUUGGUACAUUUAUCUUAAAAAAAGAUAUUUUCUUCACUGUAGGAAAUUAUUUAGUUGUUCCCAAAUAAUCAGAAACCAAUCCUCGAACACUCUCAAAGAAUAUGGCGAUAUCCAACUUUUUCUACCCGCUAAAUUCCACUCUCAGGCCCCUACUCCACUCCACGUUCCUUAAUUCCUCUUUUACACAACUUAACCUUACGAAGAAAUCCAUAUACCCAACCAGAAAACCCAGAAGAACACACAUCAAUGCCCAGUCCAAUGGCAGCGGCUCAGCUGAUGCCUCCGACCGCUUAAUUUCAGCCGUAUGUUACUUCUACCCCUUCUUUGAUGGCAUACAGUACGGAAAGUACGUUAUCACCCAGUUCACUCCCAUGCAAGCUCUUAUCCAGCCUUUGGUACCGGCUAUAAGGGUCUUUAAGAGCUUUCCCUUUAAUGGGUUCUUGGUGUUCUUGACCCUUUACUUCGUGGUUGUGAGGAACCGCAACUUUACUAGGUACGUGAGGUUCAAUACCAUGCAAGCUAUUGUGCUUGAUGUGCUGCUGAUUUUUCCUGAUCUUUUGGAGAGAAGCUUCAAUCCAAGGGGUGGGUGGGGCUUGGACUUGUUGAUGAUCUUGGACAGCACUGUGUUUCUGUUCCUUCUGGUUUCUUUGGUUUAUGGGUCUUCUUCUUGCUUGCUGGGUCAGGUGCCCAGAUUACCCAUUGUUGCUGAAGCUGCUGACAGGCAAGUUCUUUGAGCUCCCGUCUGGUUCUCGUCUGUAGCUUUAUUAGCCGAUCUUAAUUCAUUUUUAAAGAAAGUGCUCUAGAUUUUUACACUUGGAUGCACUCGUUAUGAAAGGAAGAAACUUGCAUAAUUCAUUCCUGGUAUUGUUGUAUCACAAUGUUUUUUUUUUUAAAUAUUUUAUCCCAAUGAAAUGGAGGAAACUUUUGAUUUGGUAGCAGGUUGUGACUGUACCAUAUAUAAUGGGAAUUUAGGAGUGGCCUUUUGAAUGGUCACUUGAAUGGUCCUGGGUAGGCAAUCUAAGUUUUUCUACAAUGGAUGAAUUCAUGUCAUUAUUGCUCACGUAGUUUCUCUUUGAAAAGUUUUCCUUUGGUAGACAAGGAAAAGAUGAGAAAAUAGUUAUCAAUUGGUUGGAGAAUUUCAUCUGAAAUCUAGUCUUGUGAGCAGUAGCGGCACCAUAAAAGAGAGGUGAUCUUCCUGCAGGUUUCUGGAUUUGAAAUAUUGAGCAUGUUGGUUGGUAAUGGAGCCUCACUAAAAGAAAUAGGAAGUCCUGGAAACUGGACCAGGGGUAACUAUUGUACAUUUUUCCAUGCUCUACUGGUUUCAUCACAUCUCUGUCAGUGUAGAGCGUUACACAUGUUGCCAUGGUAGAUCGAUUUUCAUUGUGCUGCUUAGGGAAGCCUUGAGUGUAGACUGUAGAGGCUCUUGCCAAGCAGGUGGUGAUGGUGGAGAGCUAGUUCCCCUGAUGGUUCACAUGGCAAUAACUUGUAACCCAUAUAUCGGACAACCAUUGCGGAAGACAUGUCAUUGAUGGUAGAUAGAACUCUUUUUUAGAGAGCAGAUAUUGGAAAUGAGAACUGCUACUGACACAAAAAGAUUACACAAAAGUAAACCUACAAACUGACGUGGUUUCACGUAAUGUGUUAAAUAUACUUUACUUUGAAAGUAACUUUAUAAUCUGACAUACUGCAUCAAACCACAUCAGUUUAUGGAUUUACUUUUGUGGCUAAAGUAUUUCUCAAUGGGGAUUGCUAAUACCAGACUUUGGUCAGUGUCUGUGACUGGGUAUUCCAACGGGGUAUUUAGUGAACUUUAGUAUUUAGUGAAUUUUAGUCCAUCUCAAGGUAUUAUGAUGGUGUAAAUGCUUUGUAUAAAAUGAAACGGGUUUUUUGCUAGCAUCUUAUGGAUGUAGAGGCCUUUCUAUCUAGUUCCAAUGUGAAACAAUUGGAACUACUUGAAAUGAUGUUCAACGGCUCCUGUUCGGAUUUCCAUUCUCUUAAAUAUUUUAUGAAAAGAUGAUUCGUUGGGAUUCAUUCCAAUUAAUCCUCGAAUACAUAUAGUCAAUCAUCUCAUAUCGAAAACAUGCCAGGAAUUGAAAUCUGAAAAGCAAUCAAUAGGGUUUUAUUUAUUACAAAACUAUUUCCAAUUUAUAAAACAUGAUGUAUUCCGAUCGACUUGAAAUAUGAGAACAGGAGUCACACUUGGAACAAAACAGCAUAGGAAAAUACUGACAUCAUACAGGGAAAAAGGGAAAUAGGCGAAGGAGAUGAAGCGGAAUAGUUGUCAUAAGGCACAUAUCCGUAGGUAGUGGGAGGAGGGUAUUAGCAGCACUGGACAACAGGAGUUGGGGGGCAGUUUCCUUGAGCAGGCAGCUGUGGUGGCGGAGGCGCUUCAUAUGUCGGUUGGUCAGAAAUCGACUUGAAAUAUGAGAACAGGAGUCACA